UUGUCAGAUUAAAAAUCACUCUAAAAUACGCAUUCAAUCACAAAAAUUCAAUGCAAUGUAUAAUUUACCAUUCCAUAUAGAUUUUUCAUACUAUUAAUCAAAACUGACAAAAGUUAUCAGUAAUAUCUCUCCCAUAAAGUCAAAUAAAAAGUGAGUUUGUUCCCUUUAGAUAUAUUUUUUUAAAAAUAAAUUUGUUAUGUAAUCCUUUUUUGAUACUUUUUUUUGAGCAAAUAUCCAUUGGUUUGAUUAAUAGAAAAUUUCAAAUUGAGAUUAUGGAAAUAUGAUUUGUCGUUCUUUUUACUAUUUAUUUAUUUGUUGUUCUUUACUAUUUAUUUACUAUAGUACUUGUAUCCGCAAUAUUUCUCACCCACAAAAAGUCAAAAACUAUCUUUCAUCCCAUAUUAAUUAUGCGUAUUUUCUUAAUAAAAGUGAGUUUGUUCCCUUUCUCAAAAAAAAAAAAAAAAAAAUGUUCCUUUCAUAGUUUUUUUGAAAAAAUAAAAUUUUCGUGUAGCCCUUUUUUAUGGGUUUUUUUGUUUUGUUUUGUUUUUUUGGAGAAAUAGCGGAUUGGUUUGAUUAAUAGAAAUUUUCAAACGGGGAUGGUAGAAAUAUGAUUUGUUUUUCAUUACAAUUUACGUAUGUUAUUAUCUCUUUAUUUAUUUAUUUUUUAAAGUAUUAUGAUAGUGGGUCGAUUGGAUCAAAGAUUAUAGUAAUGAGUUUCUGUUAAUUCAAUUUUCAAAAUUGAUAGUGUAUGCGUUUUUGCUCAAAGGGCAGGGGAACUAUUCACGUUAUUCUGUUUCCCUAUUAAACAGAAAUUGAGGAAAUGAUUCUCAUCAGUUGGAUAGAAAACUUCGAUUUUAUCUUAGAUUGAAUAAUUAAGAGGAGAGUAAUAAAAUAUGAAAGGAAAUUCAAGAGGGAACAGAAUAAUUUUUGAUUAGGAAGACCUGGCUUCAAAGGUUCCAUCAAUAUUCCAAAACGAUGCUGCAUGAACGGUAUUUGAUGGCAAAAAGCAAAGUCAUUCUUAACGUUUCUUUAUGACCAAUUUUCCGUUCAAUUGGAGCUGGUUUUGCAAAGGACAGCCCCCGGAAGCUAAGCACUUCUUCAUCCAAGGACCAAUCUCUUAACUUUAACUUCAAGACAAUCAAACCCUCAACACCAAGAAUCCUCUCUUUCCUUCACCCAUUUAUAACCAACCACUCCAUUAUCCCAUCUCAUUGAAGAUUAAGAAAACAAACAAAACUUGAGCUUGCAACUAUUUGCCACAAUGCCAAUGGACAUGGAGGCUUCAACUUCAUUCGAGGAAGAAGGUGCAGCUGAGAUUGUCUUCUUCGACUUGGAAACUACGGUGCCGAAAAGAGUCGGGCAACGGUUUCGAGUAUUGGAAUUUGGUGCUAUUGUCGUCUGUCCUCUGAAACUUGUGGAGCUCGAGAGCUUUACUACCCUCAUCAGGCCAACGGAUCUAUCAGCUGUUGCAUUGAGGUCUAGCCGACCCGACGGAAUAACAAGAGAAACCGUUGCAACUGCGCCAUUGUUCGAGGAAGUCGCAGACAAGAUAUUCAGCAUCUUGAAUGGAAGGAUAUGGGCAGGCCAUAACAUUCGAAGGUUCGACUGUGUUCGUAUUAAGGAGGCAUUUGCGGAGAUUGAUAGGCCUGCUCCUACCCCAGUUGGGAUGGUUGAUUCUUUAGGAGUAUUAACUAACAAGUUUGGAAAGAGAGCUAGAAACAUGAAGAUGGCAUCAUUGGCUUCUUACUUUCAGCUGGGACAGCAAAAGCACAGGAGCCUUGAUGAUGUUCGUAUGAACUUGGAGGUCCUCAAACAUUGUGCUACUGUUCUAUUUCUGGAAUCGACCCUCCCAAGCAUAUUGCAAGAGAAGUGGAAGACUUCAUCCACCAUAACAACCCGAAACAGAGCCAACGCAAAGCUGCAUUGCAGAGAGGAAAGUAGUCGAAAAUCUCCUCCAUCAUCGCCGGGAUACCAACUGAGAUCAGUUCCUUAUGCAAGAGAAAGAUUGGGAAUUGGAAAGAUGACAGCUAAGGUAAAGAAUGUACUCUGCAUAGCUCAAGAAAAACAGCAUCUCGACGUCUUACUUAAACAUUCUCGAUCGCUAUUACGAUGACUCAAAACCAAAUGGUUGUCCUUUCCACUCCAAAUUGUCAUUAUUUUAUAAGAAGCUGGAAGUUAUCCAUAGCAGUGAAGAGCAUAAACAAACAUUUGUGGUAGGAAAAUGAUUAUUUGAAUGAAA